AUGAUGCAUUCUUAUUGUCAUAUAAUAUUAUUAUUGAUUUUAUUUAUAACAUUGAGUAUUGUUCAUGGAGAAACAAUUCUUAAUCAAUAUAAUAUUUCAUCCUCCAAUACAUGCUCAAAAAUUCGAACGAAUUGUACCCAAGAUGGUAUUAUAAUUCCUCUAUGGCGUCCCCAACAAGGAAUAUCAACUGGUGAUCGAUUAUCUCGUGCUAUUGUUUAUCUAUUAGCACUUAUUUAUUUAUUUAUCGGUGUUGCUAUUAUAUCAGAUCGUUUUAUGGCUUCAAUUGAAGUUAUAACAUCACAAAAACGUGAAAUCAGGAAAAAAAAUCCCGAUGGUACAAUAUCAGUAACAACUGUUGCAGUAUGGAAUGAAACAGUAUCAAAUUUAACUUUAAUGGCAUUAGGUUCAUCAGCACCUGAAAUUUUAUUAUCAAUUAUUGAAGUUGUUGGAAAAAAUUUUCAAAGUGGAGAUCUUGGUCCAGGUACAAUAGUUGGUUCAGCAGCAUUCAAUUUAUUUGUUAUUAUUGCUAUAUGUAUUAUGUGUAUACCAGCCGGUGAAGUUCGUCGUAUACGUCAUCAACGUGUAUUUUUUGUUACAACAGCUUGGUCAAUUUUUGCUUAUAUAUGGUUAUGGGCAAUUGUAGCAAAGAUUUCUCCUGGUUAUAUUGAAGUUUGGGAAGGAACAUUAACAUUUUUAUUUUUUCCAUUAACUGUUUUUUCGGCAUAUAUUGUUGAUACAAAAGUGGGUCAAUUUAUACGUAUACGUAUAACAUCACAAAAACAAGUUGUUCAAUUAGAAAAUCAUUCAUCAAUGCCAUUACCAAUAACCUUAGAUACGUCAGGUAAUAUAGAAGAUAAUGAAGAAAAAUCUAUGAUCGAUGGUUAUACGAAAAAUUCAGCAACAACAAAUGGAAAUGAUACAAUACGUGGAAGAAAAUCUUUAUCAACUCAAAAAUCUAUAUCAGGUGGUGUAUUUGAUCAAACAGGUAGUACAAUACAUGGAGUUGAUGAUAAUACGAUAGCAGAUCAUAUUGAAUCACAACGAAGACAAGAAUUUAUAAAUAUAUGGCAAGAAUUACGUAAAAAAUAUCCAAAUCAUGAUAUGCAUACAUUAAAUGAUAUGGCUGCAGUUGAAAUGAUGAAUCGUGUACCAAAAUCUCGAGCAUAUUAUCGUAUUCAAGCAACAAAACGUUUAGGUGGUGGCGGUGGUGGUACAAAUCUGAAAAAGAAAUUUUUAGAAAAAUUAAAUGAACCCGAUGAAAUUGAUUUGGCAGAAAAACAAAAUUUAAUUAAUGAUACAACAUCACAUAUAAGUAAAAUACGAUUUGAACCAAGUCAUUAUACAGUUUUAGAAAAUGCCGGUUAUGUUACAUUACAUGUUCUACGCUCAGAUGGAAAUCUUCAAAAUACAGUUUAUAUUGAUUAUAUGACAGAAGAUGGAACAGCAACACAUGGAGGUGAUUAUGAACAAGCUGAAGGUACUUUAAUUUUUUAUCCAAUGGAAACACAUAAACAAAUACAAGUUAAAAUUAUUGAUGAUGAUAUUUUUGAAGAAGAUGAACAUUUCUCAGUUAGAUUAAGUAAUCUUAAAAUCAAAGAUAAUCAAGGACGUUUAACACCAGGAUUAUUUGAUAAAACUGUACAAUUAGUUGAACCAUCAACAGCUAUUGUUAUGAUUAUUGAUGAUGAUCAUGCUGGCAUGUUUGUAAUUGAUGAUAAUGAACGAACAGUUAUAGAAUCUGAUCGUUCUAUAGAAAUUAAAGUUUUACGAACAUCAGGUGCUCGUGGUCGUGUACGUGUACCAUUUAAAACUGAAGAUGAAACAGCUAUAAAUACACGAGAUUAUAUUGCAAAUCAUGGUGAAAUUAUAUUUGAAAAUAAUGAAAAUGAAAAAACAAUAACAAUUGAAAUAAUUGAUCGUGAUCAAUAUCAACGAAAUGAAACGUUUCUUGUUCAUAUAGGUGAACCAACAUUAAUCAAUGAUGAUAAUGAAAUUGAAAAAUUAGGCAUGAGUGAAGAAGAAAGAUUAAUUGCUGAUUUAGGUAAACCUAAAUUAGGUGAUAAACAUACAGUUCGUAUUCGUAUACGUGAAAGUAAAGAAUUUAAAAAUGCUGUUGAUAAAGCAUUAUAUAAAGCAAAUACAGCUAUACUUGUCGGUACAUCAACAUGGUUAGAACAAUUUAAACAAGCAUUUAGUGCUAAAGAAGAAGAUGAUGAUGAUGGAUUAGGUGAUUCAAAAGAUGAUAAUAAUGAAUCUGCAACAUGUAAAGAUUAUAUAAUACAUUUCAUAACUUUUUUUUGGAAAUUUUUAUUUGCUUUUGUUCCACCAACAAGUAUUGCUGGUGGCUGGGUUUGCUUUUGUGUAUCGAUAUUAUGUAUUGGAGGAUUAACUGCUCUUAUUGGUGAUUUAGCAACACAAUUUGGUUGUACUGUUGGUCUAACAGAUACAAUGACAGCUAUUGCUUUUGUUGCAUUAGGAACAUCAUUACCAGAUACAUUUGCAUCAAAAGUUGCUGCAGAACAUGAUAAAUAUGCUGAUAGUUCCGUAGGAAAUGUAAAUGGUUCAAAUGCAGUCAAUGUUUUCUUAGGCAUCGGUUUACCAUGGGCUAUAUCAGCCUGGUAUCAUUAUUUUAAACAAACAAAAUUCGAAGUGGAAAAGGGUUCAUUAGCGUUUAGUGUAACUUUAUUUUGUUCAUUUGCAGGUGUUGCUGUAACUCUUUUAAUGUUAAGACGUUUGAAAUGUUUUGGUGGAGGAGAAUUAGGUGGUCCUCUAAAAUUUCGUCUUAUAUCAAGCUUUUUAUUUGUUUCACUUUGGAUUUCUUAUCUGGUAUUGAGUGGCCUUGAAAACUAUUGUCAUAUUAAUGUUUAA